AUGUAAGAAACACCUUUAAAAUAUAUGAUGGCAGACUAAUAUUAUCUAGAUCAUUCAGAAGAAUACUCUUCAAUUCAAAUCUAAGAAAAUCAAUUCUUGGUCAAUCUUAAUCAAAAUGAUGCCCCAAUAUUUCAAUCUAAAUUAAUCAAGAAUCCCACUGCCAGUCUUAUUGGAAAUUAUUGUUUAACCAGUAUUAUAAUAUUCAUAUUACUUUUGAUUCAUCUAUCAUAGUAAUCCACUAAAUUGAUCCUUUAUUUGCUACCAUCAGAGUUUUUAAGGAUAAAUUCCUUAAUAUUUUACAUGAAUUCAUCAAAUAUGAAGAAAUGUUUGACCGCCAAAACCCUUUUUAAGAAUAUUUAUGCUAAAAUCAAUAUAUAAGAACACAUAUUGAUAAUCUAAGCGAUAUUAAAUAUAUAGAUGAUUGUAUUUACAUCUCUUAUCCAUCCUAGAAUUAUAUAUAUAAUUAAAUAAAAACAGAUUAUUUGAAUACUUAGAUCAAAAAUAUGAUAGUUUAGUGAAAUAUAUGCAUUCAGAUGGAGUGUUCUAAUUGCAAUCAUGUCAUUCUAAAGAAAUUGAAGGUAUCACUAUCAGAUUAUUAAGAUUAUGAACUGUAAAACUGUAAAUUAUUUUAUGAAUAUAUUGGUAAAGAUUUAUUUUUAGAAUAUUAUGAAUACAAGUAGACUUAAUUGUGUGAAAAAGUAACAACAAUGACUUUCUCAACUCAAUUCUGUACUCAACUAACCAGAACUUUAACUUUGAGUAAUCAUUCAUUUAAAGAAUAAAUUGUAUUGAAAGACUAAGGAGAUGUCACAUAGAUAUGA